AUGGCGGCGUUGAUAAGGUCAACGACGGUUAGAUUGGCGCUCCUGGUGCUGUUGGCGUGCGUGUUGUGCGCGGUUUCGCACGGGGGAUCGGUCGGGGGGAAGACAGAGAUCGCGGACGUGAAGACGAACAAAGAUGUGCAAGAUCUGGGGCGGUUCUCGGUGGAGGAGCAUAAUCGGAAGGUGAGGGAGGAGCGGGGGGAGGCGGCGGCGGUGGCGGAGAAGGUGGAGUUCGUGGAAGUGGUGGAGGCGCAGCAGCAAGUGGUGUCUGGGAUCAAGUACUACCUUAAGAUAUCGGCUACGCAGAGUGACGGAGGAAAUUCCAGAAUAUUCGAUUCCGUUGUGGUCGUCAAGCCAUGGUUUCGUUCCAAACAGCUUCUCAAUUUUGAUCCUUCCACACCAUGA